AUGAACGAAUUACUACUCAUCAUCUACGGAACACAGGACAACACUUGGGGUUAUGCCCUCAUUGUUUCUGGAUUGAUACUAACUAUUUUGGUUGUUGCAUACAAUCCACUUCGAUUCCUUCGGGUCGUCAUAAAUGGAUUCGGUACAAGUGAUUGGACGGUCCCCGUUGUAUGGGUGGCGAUCAUCACUGUGGUUGUGCCUGGCAUCUGUAUACUCCUGAUAGUCUGGUGGAUAUACGACUAUGUACGUGACACUGAACGUUGGUACGAUGUGACGUGGACUUCUGCGACGUCUACACUGAUUGAGUGGCUGGUUGUGCUCACUGCGAUCGUGAUAAUAAAUCUAGUGGUCGUUCGUGUCAAACGCGAUUUGUAUGUCAAAACGAAAAGAUUCGGAGCUGACCCUUAUGAUCCGGAAACCUACACGAAAGAAUCAGUUGUAGUGGGUGGCAAUAUUUGGGCCGUUGGAGAUAGUAAUUACUCUGUGCGGACACUCUAA